GUUGGCGCCGGCGGGAGACGCGGCGGUACCGGAGUCGGGCGGGGCGCGGAGUGGAGCAGAGCGGAGCCUCGGCCGCGAUGCCGCGGGAGAUCAUCACCCUGCAGCUGGGCCAGUGCGGCAACCAGAUCGGGUUCGAGUUCUGGAAGCAGCUCUGCGCCGAGCACGGCAUCAGCCCCGAGGGCAUCGUGGAGGAGUUCGCCACCGAGGGCACCGACCGCAAGGACGUCUUCUUCUACCAGGCAGAUGAUGAGCACUACAUCCCCCGGGCCGUGCUGCUGGACCUGGAGCCCCGAGUCAUCCACUCCAUCCUCAACUCCCCCUAUGCCAACCUCUACAACCCAGAAAACAUCUACCUGUCUGAGCAUGGAGGGGGAGCUGGCAACAACUGGGCCAGUGGCUUCUCACAGGGAGAAAAGAUCCAUGAAGAUAUUUUUGACAUAAUAGACAGAGAGGCUGAUGGGAGUGACAGCUUGGAAGGCUUUGUGCUUUGCCACUCCAUUGCUGGUGGAACAGGCUCCGGGCUGGGCUCGUACCUCCUGGAGAGGCUGAAUGACAGGUAUCCCAAGAAACUGGUGGAGACCUACUCAGUGUUCCCAAACCAGGAUGAGAUGAGCGACGUUGUAGUCCAGCCCUACAACUCUCUGCUGACACUGAAGAGGCUGACCCAGAACGCUGACUGUGUGGUGGUUCUGGACAACACAGCCUUGAAUCGGAUCGCGACAGACCGGCUGCACAUCCAGAACCCGUCAUUCUCACAGAUCAACCAGCUGGUGUCCACCAUCAUGUCUGCCAGCACCACCACGCUCAGGUAUCCCGGGUACAUGAACAACGACCUCAUUGGGCUGAUUGCCUCGCUGAUCCCCACGCCCCGGCUGCACUUCCUCAUGACGGGCUACACACCACUCACCACCGACCAGUCGGAUGUUUCUCAGAGAAGCAAAUCUGAAAAACUGCUGGCUCUGAAAAGGGUGGCCAGUGUGAGGAAAACCACAGUCCUGGACGUGAUGAGGAGGUUGCUGCAGCCUAAAAACGUGAUGGUGUCCACAGGGCGAGACAGGCAGACCAACCACUGCUACAUUGCCAUCCUCAACAUCAUCCAGGGGGAGGUGGAUCCUACACAGGUUCACAAGAGUCUGCAGAGGAUCCGGGAAAGGAAGUUGGCCAACUUCAUCCCCUGGGGCCCUGCCAGCAUCCAGGUGGCUCUGUCCCGCAAGUCCCCUUACCUGCCAUCUGCUCACCGUGUCAGUGGCCUCAUGAUGGCCAACCACACCAACAUCUCCUCGCUGUUCGAGCGGACGUGCCGGCAGUACGACAAGCUGCGCAAGCGAGAGGCUUUCCUGGAGCAGUUCCGCAAGGAGGACAUCUUCAAGGACAACUUUGACGAGCUGGACAACUCCCGGGAGAUCGUGCAGCAGCUGAUCGAUGAGUAUCACGCAGCCACACGCCCCGACUACAUCUCCUGGGGCACGCAGGAACAGUGAGUGCCCUGCCAGGGGACGGGAAGGUCCGUGGCCACCCCCACGCACGCCGGCAGGGCUCGUCUCUGCCGUGCCCACGUUUGUCACCCCUCAGCGCUGCCUGGCGUGGCAGAGCCCUCGUGCCAGUGCUCCUCUGUGGAAAGCUCUCUGUGGGGAGCUGCAGCUCCUCAGCGGGGCACAGCCCCGGCCCCACCGUGUGCCCUGGCCCAGGACAGGACUGGGGCAGCUGCGUGCUCUGCUGGGAGGGAACCUCUGCCUGUGGGAGCAACACUUGCUGUGAGGAGGAGGAGGAGGAGAGUGACCCUGGGGCUGGGAACAGGCCUGGCCCCCUGAGUUUGGGUGCACACAACCCCCGUGGCCAAAGGCUCCGUGUGGCUGAGCUAGUCCUUGCCCUGGGUGGGAGCCUUGUUCCUCCUUGGCCAGAUCAGGCCUGGGGCACGGGCUGUAUCUAUAUUUUUGUAGGUUAUUUUGCUUUAAUAAAGGCUGUUCCUGCACUGA